AUGAUGAAGUCUUACGGUAUCCGUCCUGACGAUCAACUCAACGAACCGAUUCGGAAGAAGCCAGUGACUGGACCGUCUCUUCAGAAUAUUCAGAGACCACCGGACAUCGGGACUCCAGAAGAUAUGUAUGGAGGAUGCGCGGCGAAACCGUUGCCAGAAAACCAGCGGAAGUUUGAGAUACCCUCCACUUCGUCACAAGCCCCGCCCCCGCCGGCUCCGUUGAAUUCUGGAAAUGUUGGAUUCAAGUUGCUGAAAUCGAUGGGUUGGAGUGGGGGUGAAGGGUUGGGAAAAGAGAAACAAGGACACGUGGAACCGGUGGCGACGGAGAUCAAGAAUAAUCGACAGGGAUUGGGAAAGGAUAAGGAGAAACCGAAGAGUUAUAGGGAGGAGGUGCUGGAGAAGACUAAGCAGAGAAACGCUGAUGCCGCCAACAUCGGAUCCGGCUCCAAUCUACACUGUCAUCAUCACGAAGGAAUUUUCCUUCUUUCUUAA